ACAAAAAUGACAUUGACAGGUAUGAUUAAUCUAAUGUGACGUCUUCUAAAAAUAAUACAAUUUGCAGUGUCUUUUAUCUAAAUUAAAUGAAACGAUUAAAGUACUGAUAAGGGAUAAAAAUCUACAAAAUGGUGAAUAAAUGAAUGAUGGAAAAAUAUCCAUUGAAAAGGGCCGGUACGGCAGUUCCACAGAACUCACCAAGCUAUCAGUCAGUUGAUAAAAAGUACAAUACGAAUAGUAACAGAGCUGCUUUCGCCCGAUCGUCGGACGAUUUCGAUGCAUCUGCACAAGGUGACGACAUGAUCGACAUUACGACUUCUGGAGGUGGCGAGAGGACCACAAGGUUGGGGGAAGAUGAGGAUGGCACGUCACAUUAUUCGGUAUCGUUCGGUGGAAUGCAAGGAGAAACCGUCGAUAUACCGGGCAUCGGCCAAUAUGAUGACUUCCACACAAUCGAUUGGCAGAGGGAUAUUGCCAGAGACCGCAUGCGACAUCGACAUCUCGUCAAGAAAAAACAAGAUUCCAUUUGGAACUUAAUCGAGGGGGCACACGACGCCUGGUCGGGGUGGUUGUGUGUUCUUUUAGUGGGUCUCUGCACCGGUAUGGUGGCUGGAGGGAUUGACAUUGGCGCUAGUUGGAUGACGGAUCUCAAAUUCGGUAUUUGUCCGCAAGCCUUUUGGUUAAACAGAGAGCAGUGUUGUUGGUCGUCAAACGAGACGAGUUUUGAUUCGGGGAAUUGCUCACAGUGGUUGACGUGGCCUGAAGUUCUGGGACAGUCGAGAGAUGGAGCGGGUGCUUACAUUAUUUCGUAUCUGUUUUAUAUUGUCUUGGCGUUGCUUUUCGCCGCAUUGUCGGCCUCUUUGGUACGGAUGUUUGCGCCGUACGCCUGCGGGUCUGGUAUUCCAGAGAUCAAGACGAUACUCAGUGGGUUUAUCAUAAGGGGUUAUUUGGGUAAAUGGACGCUGGUGAUCAAAUGUGUGGGCUUGAUUUUGUCGGUUUCGGCCGGGUUGAGUCUAGGGAAAGAGGGACCGAUGGUUCAUAUAGCCUGCGCUAUAGGUAAUAUUUUAUCAUAUCUCUUUCCCAAGUACGGGAGGAAUGAAGCAAAGAAAAGGGAGAUAUUGUCGGCUUCGGCAGCGGCGGGAGUGUCAGUGGCAUUUGGAGCGCCCAUUGGAGGGGUGCUUUUUAGUCUUGAGGAGGUCAGCUAUUAUUUCCCGCUGAAAACACUUUGGAGAUCGUUCUUCUGCGCCCUGAUCGCCGCUUUUAUCUUAAGGUCGAUCAAUCCUUUCGGAAAUGAACACUCGGUUCUCUUCUACGUGGAAUACAACAAACCAUGGAUAUUCUUCGAAUUGAUUCCUUUCAUCGGCUUGGGAAUUAUCGGAGGUAUCAUCGCAACGAUAUUCAUCAAGGCUAACUUGUACUGGUGCCGAUACCGGAAGUACUCCAAACUCGGUCAAUACCCCGUGACCGAAGUACUCGUCGUGACUGUAAUGACCGCCAUUAUUGCCUACCCCAACCCCUAUACACGAAUGAACACGAGCCAACUAAUCUACCUUCUAUUCAGUCAGUGUGGCAUCUCAAACUCAGAUAAUCUCUGCGAUUAUAAUCGCAACUUUACUGAUGUCAAUUCAGCCAUCGAGAUCGCGGCGGCCGGCCCUGGCGUCUACAAGGCCAUCUGGUUGCUGAUUCUCGCACUAAUCCUCAAAUUGAUCAUGACGAUCUUCACCUUCGGUAUGAAGGUCCCCUGCGGGUUGUUCAUCCCGAGUCUUUGCUUGGGGGCCAUCGUAGGCAGAAUAGUCGGCAUUGGCAUGGAGCAGCUCGCUUACAACUACCCCAAGAAUUGGUUAUUCAGUGGCGAGUGUUCGACAGGCGACGACUGUAUCACGCCUGGRUUGUAUGCUAUGGUGGGGGCGGCGGCAGUWUUAGGGGGCGUCACCAGGAUGACCGUGUCGCUYGUGGUAAUCAUGUUCGAGCUUACUGGGGGCGUGAGAUACAUCGUMCCCUUGAUGGCCGCUGCAAUGGCUAGUAAAUGGGUGGGCGAUGCCUUGGGCAGGCAGGGCAUUUACGAUGCCCAUAUAGCCCUCAAUGGGUACCCCUUUUUGGACUCSAAGGACGAGUUCCAACAUACGUCGCUGGCGGCGGAUGUUAUGCAACCAAAACGCAACGAAACAUUGAGCGUCAUCACGCAGGAUUCGAUGACAGUGGAUGACAUUGAGGCUCUGUUAAAAGAAACGGAGCAUAAUGGAUAUCCGGUGGUGGUAUCCCGAGAAUCUCAAUAUUUAGUGGGUUUUGUCCUUAGAAGGGAUUUGAAUUUGGCGAUUGCCAAUGCGAAAAGAAUGGCUGACGGGAUUUGCGGUCAGUCGAUAGUGCUUUUUACUAGUGGAAAUCCCCCACAGACACUAGGACCACCACCUUUGAAACUUAAAAAAAUACUAGAUAUGGCACCAAUCACAAUUACAGAUCAAACUCCAAUGGAAACUGUUGUAGAUAUGUUUAGGAAAUUGGGGUUGAGACAAACACUAGUCACGCAUAACGGGAGAUUACUAGGAGUCAUCACGAAAAAAGACGUUUUAAGACAUAUAAAACAGAUGGAUAAUGAAGAUCCAAAUUCAGUUCUGUUUAAUUAAGUUUUAUUGUGUAUAUUAUGGUUUAUUAAUAUUUGUGCAUAUUAGUAUUGUAUUGUUAAUCCCCCAUUAUUUAUUAUGGACUUUUUACUUCUAUUGUGACGUGAUUUUUCAACGUAUACUUGUCUUCCUGCCGUAGUUUUAUUGAACUUGGAGUCUUGUUUUACGAUUAAAAGUUAUUUAAUCAAAUUAGUUGUCAAUAAUGCUCAGAAUGUAAUAAAUAUAACAAUAAAAAUUUUCUAAAGAAAA